UCGUUUAAUCAUACGCGAACGCAGCAGAUCAGCCGAAGAAGACGCAGCGCCGGAAGUGAGGCUAAACUUUGCUCCACACAGCGGAAAACAGCUGUUGUUUAGAAACAGGGAAAGAUAGCAUGCCUGGGCAGAAAAGAAAUAUGUCUUCUUCUGAACCUGAAGUAAAGAAGACUAAGUUAGAUCAGAGUCUCGUGGAGUCAGAUAAAUCUCAGAUGCCCAAGAAGUCUUUGAGAGGAAGACCUCCAAAAAAUAAAGGGUUGGAAAUUCAGUCGUCUAAACAGAAACAUCAGACACAGUCGAGGGAAGAAAAUGGAAAACCUGUUCGGCGGUCCUCACGCUUGAAAGUGCCACAAAAAAAGGGUGCGAGAGGAAGACGACGGAAAGAUGGGGUGAAGCCGAAAUUCUCCGGAGAUAAACCAUCUCAGAAUAUGUCUGUCCUGAAAAAGGGAAACAAGAAAUAUGUUCCGAAAGUAAAGAAAGAAAAGCCCAACAUCUCUGAAACGAUCAAAACAGUAGCAGCCUUGUUCCCUGUGCAAAUAGAGCACAAUUACGGGCGAUUGCUCGACUUCCAAAAUGAGGAGAUCACGCUACCCAAACCUGACAAAAUCCAUGUGGCCAAUAUAAGUGAUCUGCAAGCGCUUCAUGACCUGCGAGCAAGCAAAGUAGAAGAGCAUAAAGAGCUGCCAACGGACUCUAUUGAGAAAAUCACAGUCAGUGUGGAUGCAAAAGUAGAUGUGAUGAGCAAAUCUCCUCCACCUCUGGAGGCUCUUUUCAAAGUCAUCCAAGAAACCAGCAUCACGAAACACUCGUACGCUGGUAAAGACAUUUCUGACAUGGAUGAGUUAGAGGUGGUGAACACGUGUUCCCUGCCGGACAAUGUACAAAGUACCAACAUGGUGAAAGUGUUUCUCCCAGAUUCAGAAGCAUUUCUGGACGAUGACAUUGAGAUUGAACAUUGUGUUGUAGAGAUCGAAACCUAUGAGGAUUUGGACGACAGCAGUCAGCAGUCAGCUCAAAGCUCUGAGGAGGAAACAGCAAAAAAACAAACAAGCGAAGCCGUGAGGUGUAACAUCAACUCUUCACCCUCUUUGCCCCAGGAAAGUGCGACGGACUCCUCGCAAGGGCAUCCGAAAAAGCAAGCGAUGAACCCGCAGGCUCGGACGAAGGCACGCCUCGCGGCUUUGGCCGAGGAAAGGGCGGCUGCCGCCAAGAAACCUCCUCCACGACAGCUCAACCUCCUGGCUCUGUGUGAGGAAAUCGCAGACGAUAUCGCCUCCGACGCUCCGGGAGCUUCAGAUGAGAAAGAUGUUGAGCAACAAAAGGAGGUGAGCGAAUCUACAGAGGUAAGCGAAACUGAGGAAGUGGUGUCUGACAACACCGUUCCCGCCGAAACCUCUAACGAGGAACCCGCUGAUCCCAAGUCCGAGGAUAGCACGCCCAAGAAACGUUUUUUCCUCAGCCAGGUGUGUCUUCCGCUCAAGACCCAGGAGAAGAAGAAGCUAUCCCGUUAUCAGAGGCUCAGGCAGGUGGAGCUUCAGCGGGAUAAGCUGACCUGGACCCGUGUUAAGAAGCUCAAGUCGGAUCAAGCUAGUCAGGCUGGUUCUCCCAAAAAGGCGGACGCUCCAUCGAUCUCGCCCAGCCCGGCCACCACCCCUGCGCAGGUUCCUGUGCCAGAAAGCGUGCCCAAAGUGGGCUCGGUUGAACCCAGACGAGCACUUCCAGCUCAGGCACCACCCAUGCCUAAUGGAAUCACCAGCUCGAAACCCAAACCAGUGGUGGAGUACAAACCCUACACUCCCAGACGCAAGUAUUCACCAGAUGACUUUGAACUUGACGGUCUUGAAGAUGAGACGACCAAACCAGCAGCCAAAAAUGAGGCUCAAGGAGAACUGAUCGCAUGCUGUGAGAGAACUGGGAAGAACACAAGAAAGAGAGAGAGAGCGCCUCUGGUCUCGCAGGCCAAACCAGAGCAGUCCUCUUCAUCAGCUCCAGUGCAGCCCAAACCACCAGUGGACAAGCCAUGUGCGCCCACUACUGCAGAUAGUAAGCCGAAACCCUCUCCCCAGCAAGAACCUGUCGAAGAGACGCAAACAGAAGACAGCAACAGGACAAAUUCUGGUGUAGAACCUGAAACAGAACAGAAGAAAGAGGUCAGAAACAGCCCCAAACCUGCAAAUACAGCAGCACAGUCCAGCAAUGAUGCUGGUCAGAAGGCUUUUGGUGCGGUAACGUGUAACGUGUGUGGGAUGUUGUACUCCCCUUCGAGCCCAGAGGAUGAAUCCCAACACCUCCUGUUUCACAACCAGUUUAUCAGCGCUGUCAAAUACGUGGGCUGGAAGAAAGAGAGAAUCCUGGGAGAGUAUCCUGAUGGCAAGAUUAUUCUUGUCCUCCCUGAUGAUCCUAAGUACGCGUUGAAAAAGGUUGAAGAGAUCAGAGAAAUGGUGGACAAUGACUUGGGCUUCCAGCAAGUGGAGACCAAGGUCCCAUCACAGACCAAAACCUUCCUCUUCAUUUCAAACGAUAAGAAAGUCGCAGGCUGCCUUAUUGCUGAGCACAUCCAAGAGGGAUACAGGGUUAUCGAGGAGUCCAUUCCAGAAGGUUCAGAAGGAGAGAAGGUCAUGUACGAGCGUCAGAGAGCCUGGUGCUGCUCUACCGUACCUGAGCCGGCGCUCUGUGGCAUCAGUCGCAUUUGGGUGUUCAGCAUGAUGAGACGGAGAGGCAUCGCCUCACGCAUGAUCGAGUGCCUCAGGAAUAAUUUCAUCUAUGGGUCUCAUCUAAGUAAAGAUGAAAUCGCCUUCUCAGAUCCCACACCUGACGGCAAACUCUUCGCAACACAUUACUGUGGAACCUCUCGGUUUUUGGUCUACAACUUUGUAAGCGGCAAUCGCUCAACCUGACAGGAUGUGGACAUAGAGACAGAGCUCAGUUUUAAAAUAAGAAAAGGACUGGACUUUAUUUCACUAUACCAAACAGUGCAAAAAUGAGAGAACACAAUGGUGAAAGGCAGAAACAGGCACACCGUAGGACUUUUGUUAAGAGUCCUGGUUUGAAUGUGCAAAGAUUGGCCUAGUCUCCUCACAGGAGGUGUAGGAAGCAAAGUUAGACACUGAUAUCUAACCCUCACGGCCAGGUGAUGUAUUUUAAUAAGCCUGCACAGUAGCUUAUACCUGAUGAAUUGUUCAAUGAAAGACAUCUAAACUGUUCUCUCAGGUUUAGGUUGCAGCCUAUUUUAGGACUCACCGUUUAGUGGAAGCCAUGUAGUCCAGUGCACAAUUGCAAAAUCAGUGUAAGUACUUCUUCCUAGAACAUUUAGGAAGAUGUGUGAACUUUUCUACUGUAAGCAAUGCCUCGGUCAUGAGGCGAUGAUUUUUGAAUCUCAGGUUGAAAAACAUCAUGAAUUUGUCAUUUGAAAUCUCCCUUUAACCCUUAACCCAUCAUGUCAGCUAUUUUCAAAGAGAGCAUAUUUUCCUGAUACAGUGUGUUCCAUGUGCAUUUUAAAGAGGUUUACAAGCAUGGCGUUGACAUCGAUAGAUGGCAGAUGAUUUCAUAGAAGUCGCUGGUUUUGCACAACACUGUGCAGAAUGAAUUUGAUUCAUUUGUUUUUUAAAACACAAGUGUAAUAAUUCAAAAUGUUUGCCCGGUCAUAGUAUUCCAUCUCAUUUUAAUAUUUUUAGAAUGAUUUUAUGUAUGUAUAUGUAUUUUGAUUGAAUUAUAUUAAUUUACCCCUGGAAAUGACUACAGAUUGAUCUUUCUUUAUCUUUAUUUAUAGCAGGACAAAUGCUUAAAUCACCCCAACCAAAGUACAUUUUAGAAGCCUCAUAAAAUUAUCAGGACAUAUGGGUUGAUCUGAUAUUAGGGAUUUACCUAAUUAAUAAAUUGGGAUAUUUGUAUUUGCUCAUUCUUUAUAAACAGUGAGAAACAGCUUACAUUAGUUAGUCAAACAAGUUACUUUUAACCUUAAAGAAGCAAAUAAAAAGUCAAAUGCAAAAGAGA